AUGGCUGAGUGCCGGCGGCGGGAGGACAAGGAGUAAGAGCUGCGCGAGCGCCGCGAGGUUGGGGGCACGCGCUGCGCCCGGGGCCGUGCGCUCUCGGGCCACCUGGCCGCAGAUAGCAACGAACGAAAUAAACCAGAGCACCGUUCUGCCAGCCAAGGACCCUUGUCAUCCAUUAGAGCCGUAAUCAAGAGAUCUUCUCGGACUUCUAUUCAGAGUGAACUUCAUCGAGCUAGGAGGCGCCCAGAGAUCACCAUUGUGGCAGCUGAGCCUCUGAGGCCAGCCUCCUGGUUUCCAGGAGCCCCACCUCCAGGACUGGGAUUUCCUCCAACUCCUGCCCCCGGCCCGUGGAGGCCGAAUGAGCUGGUUUCUGCUGAGCUCCCGCCUUCUUAUGAACAAGUCAUAAAAGAAAUCAACCAAGUUCAAGUUAACACUACAAAUAAUAAUAAUGCUGCUGCCACUCCAAUGCACACUAUCACUUCUGCAACUCAGACUGACUUUUCAGAAGAUAUAGACAGCAAUCUGCCUCAAACACUGCCGGAGCCUCUCAAGCCUCUUCAGCCUUCUCCAGCAGCCUCACCCGGCGAUGUCCCCACCAGUGUGGCUCCUUUAAUAGUCUUUGAUGUUUCUGAAGAAGCAAGUUGUCCAGAAAACCCCAGUGCUCCAAGAUGUCCAGUGCCAAAACCAAGAUGGAAAAGCAACCUCAGACCAGUAGCUAAAACUGCCCAGAAAAUCAGCCCAGCGGUCCCAGAAGAGGAGCCAUCCCCAGGCUGGCCCCAGUGUCUGUUGGACAAUACCAGCAACUUAGAAAGUCUGCCAAGGAUGGACACGAUGAACUCAGAGCAAAGCCAAAAUAGCAUUGUUUCAAGGAUCAAAGCAUUUGAGGGUCAGACAAACGCAGAAACCCCGGGACCGCCCAAGAAACCAGAGAUCAUCCCCCGCACACUGCCCCCAAAGCCUGCUGUUUCCUCAGGGAAACCUUCUGUGGCUCCCAAACCAGCCGCUAACAGAGCUUCUGGAGAAUGGGACGCUUGGGCUGAAAACAGACUCAAAGUGACCUCCAGGGAAGGGCUCACCCCGUUCUCUUCACCUCCAUAACCAGGCAGUGUGCCAGUAACCAAACCCGAAUUGUCAAAGAAACCAACUCCUGGCCUUACCCGAAGUGCUAACCACGAGAUUCCGGGAGGAGGGCCCAUGGCCGACAGCCCUGAUGCUGGGAAGAAAGUCCCCACUCCUGCCCCUCGGCCCUUGCCCACGAAGAAAUCGGUUUCCUCAGAAAACCCCAGCUGCCCUUCGGCUCCAACGAAAUCAGCCCCUGUUCCUCCCCGGCUCUCAGUGGCAUCACAAGCCAAAGCAUUCAGGUCACUGGGAGAAGGGCCCGCGGCCAACCCCCCAGUUCCAGCUCUGCAAAGCAAGUCCCUGGGGGACACUGACCUCAUCAGCUUUGAUGAUGAUGUUUUGCCCACCUCCCCUGGGAGCCUGGCUGAAGAAUCCCUCAGUUCAGAGCUGCUUCUAGAUCCCUUUCAGCUCCCCACAAAAACUGAACCAACAAAAGAAAGAGCAAUUCAACCAGCAGCCGCCAGGAAGCCCACUGUAAUUCGAAUUCCAGCCAAACCAGGAAAAUGUUUACAUGAGGAUCCGCAAAGCCCACCUCCACUCCCAGCUGAAAAACCUAUUGGAAACACGUACAGCACAGUACCUGGAAAGCCCAGUAAUACUGACAGAUCUAGAAACUUGGAAUCCAACCAAGCUGGUGAGACCGGAGGUUUUGUGUGAGGACCCCCAAGGUUGCCACCAAGACCCAUUAAUAAAAAACCUACUCCAGCUAGACGGCCUCCUCCCAAAGGAGCCCCCGAGAGGCCACCUCCUCCAAAACUUCCUGCAACCCGAACAUCAAAUAAAAAACUGCCUUUUAGUCGGUCCUCUUCUGACAUGGAUCUUCAGAAAAAACAAAGUCACUUGGCAUCUGGGCUCUCAAAAGCCAAGAGUCAUAUCUUUAAAAGUCAAGAUCCGGUGCUACCCGCUCGUCCCAAACCAGGACAUCCUCUGUACAGAAAAUACAUGCUGUCUGUGCCUCAUGGAAUUGCCAAUGAAGACAUUGUCCCACAAAACCCUGGAGAACUCUCUCAUAAGGAUCCAAGCCCUGCUCAGAAACCUGUGGACAGUAGUGCUCCUCACGCUGUUGUUCUUCAUGAUUUUGCAGCAGAGCAAGAUGACGAUUUGAAUCUCACAUCUGGAGAAAUUGUUUAUCUUCUUGAAAAAAUAGACACAGAUUGGUACAGAGGGAAAUGCAGAAGCCAGACUGGCGUAUUUCCUGCCAACUAUGUCAAAGUAAUCGUUGAUAUUUCAAAAGGAGAAAAUGGGAAAAGAGAAUCUGUUUCAUCUCAUUGUGUUAAAAAUACAAGAUGUGUUGCUCGGUUUGAAUAUAUUGGAGACCAGAAGGAUGAGUUAAGUUUCUCAGAGGGAGAAAUGAUUAUUCUUAAAGAGUACAUGAAUGAGGAAUGGGCAAGAGGAGAGCUUCAAGACAGAACUGGGAUCUUCCCCCUUAACUUCGUGGAACUUGUUGAGGAUUAUUCCACCUCUGGUGCAAAUGUUUUAAGAACAAAGAUACCACCAAAGACCAAAAAAGAAGAUUCUGGCUCACAUUCUCAGGACAACAGCCUUUCUGGAGAAUGGUGCAGAGCUCUCCACAGUUUUACAGCAGAAACCAGUGAGGACUUAUCCUUCAAGAGGGGGGACCGGAUCCUGAUCCUCAAGCGUCUGGACUCCGACUGGUAUCGGGGCAGACUGAACGACAGACAGGGGAUCUUCCCAGCAGUUUUUGUGCAGCCCUGUCCAGCUGAGGCAAAAAGUAUGUCUGCCAUAUCACUGAAGGGGAGAAAGGCCAAAGCCUUGUAUGAUUUCCAGGGGGAGAAUGAAGACGAGCUCUCCUUCAAGGCUGGGGAUAUAAUAACAGAGCUGGAAUCUGUAGAUGACGACUGGAUGAGUGGAGAACUAAUGGGAAAAUCUGGAAUAUUUCCCAAAAACUAUGUUCACAUUCUACAAGUCAGCUAAAGGUGAAGCUCCACUGUUCCCUGGCACGAAAACUUGCUUGAACUAUCAUUUUGACUAUCAGAUGUUUUUGCACUAUUUUUUUAAGCAGAAAGAGAAAUACCUGAGGUGUACACGAUACACUAGAAUUUUCUGAAAGCAGAAAACUUCUAGAUUUUGUAGCUAGCUUUCCUUCACAGUGGGAGUGUGCACAUGGGCUAGGAAGACACCUGGAGGGAUUAGCAAGGCAGAUACACAUGU